UAGUAUUCGGUCUUAUUAUCGAAACGCCAUUAAUUUUGUUUAACCAUUAAGCGUCAGGUCGCGAAUUACUGGUGUGUUUACUCUGUAGUGUAUUUUUGUAGUUAGUCCAAAAAACCUUGUGGUAAUUACGUUAAUUCCUCACGCUUUAUUCAAUUAUUGUUCGGAAGUCGUUUAUUCGAGUGUAACCAAAACACAAUGAGUGAUACAUAUACAAACGAAGAACUGGACGCGGCCAGAGUCGCACAUCAUUUGUCUCCAAGCAAAAUGGGACUACUCGCGCCCAGUCCUAUAGUUACCCGAAGGACAAGGACGGACUCCACAUCUGCUCUGGCUCUGAGAAAUCCGCAAGUAACAGGAAAUGUAAAAUAUUUUUGCAAGUCAAAAGGACACGGAUUUAUUACGCCUGACAACGGCGACGCCGAUAUUUUUGUGCAUAUAUCUGAUAUCGAAGGAGAAUACGUUCCAUUACCUGGAGAUCGAGUCCGCUAUCGUCUAUGCCCUGUUCCGCCAAAAUUAGAAAAAAACCAGGCUACGCAUGUAGAAAUCAUCAACUUAACACCUCAAGUACAUUUGAGGUGGGAUUCUCCAGAAACCAACUAAUCUGUCACAGGCUUAAUAUUGUAAAAUAAUAUACAUUACAUAAACACUUAACUUCCAUUAUAACUAAUACAUUCCAAUUACCACUACCUCUAUUACGUUAGGCAAUAUCCUCUAGUAGUUCUGUUGUGCGGAGUGCCGUAAUACACAAUACAUACGCAACCCAAUAAUUUAAUGUUGUUUAAUGCUAAUUAAAAAUGAAAACAUCCUGAUUUCUAAAUGUAUUGAAUUUAUGUGGUUACAAGUUUGUUUUAAAUGUAAUUUUUUUUUCUUCACAAUUAAAAAAUUGGAAAAUUAAUUUUAGAAAUAGGUCAUAUUUCCCCCUCUUUAUAUCCCUAAUAUAAAAAAAAAUAUUAAUCAUAAUAGUUAAGUUAAAAAUUAAAGUUUAGAUACUGAUAGCAAAAGACAGACUGUUGUCACAACAUUAUACCGUUUGGCUAGUCAUUAUGUUAUUACAUUUGUUCAUUUCAAAUGUUAAUUGUGAAUUUUUUUUUAAUGUUUCCUUCAUUAAAACUUGUCAUUUUUUUCAUGAUGAUAGUUUACAUGUAAAUGAAAACAUAUCAAAUUUGUUAAUUUUUACAGUUAAGAACUUUUUAAAUUACACUAUUUAGAUAGAAAAUAUAAGUAUACAAGUAUAAUAUAAAUAUAAGUAUACAAAUUUGUUUAAUUAUUAUAAAAAUGCGUAAAUAUUUGUAAAGCUUAUCAUCACUUGUUGUUUGUACUGUACUUUAAAAUUAAGAACCUUUAAAUUUAGUGUAACACGGUUAUUAUAAUGGUUUUUUAACAUUAAAUUUGUAUGUGAUGUGGCCAAUUUGUUUUUGUAAAUUAACAAUUACCGAAUUUGCUUUCAAGCAUAGUUUAAGAAUUUUGGAACAAAUUGUAUGUAAUUUAUUUUUCUACAUGAUUUCAUAGCCAAACAUUCGUUUUAAUUUACAAACCAAUUUUUAUAUACAAUUAAAAAGACAAUUAUUAUUAUUAUUAUUAUUAUUACUUAUUUAUUGUAGUUUUAAGGGUACAAAUAUUUUCAAUGUUUAAGAUGUCAAAAAAAAAAUACAUUGUGUCAUUAAUGUGAGAAAUCAUAAUUGAAGUUUAAUAAUUAGUACAGUGUGUUUUACCGUCUCAUGUCCGUGUAAUUUAAGGUGUGUUGUUUUAAAAAUAAAAUUUGUGGUUAUAACAUUUUUUUUAAAUAUUAAAAAAGAUAAAGUAUAAUAUUUGGCUUUUUAGUGUUAUUGCUUUUAUUGUAGUAU